GUGUUUCCUUAUGGGCAGUGGGAUUAACAGGCCUGUUCUCCUGUGAUACUCCUCUCUUGGACAUGCUGCUUUUCGGAUCUCUAAUUUCCGCGGUGGACCCAGUGGCUGUGUUAGCACUAUUCGAAGAAAUUCAAGUUAAUGAGAUUCUGUAUAUAGUGGUGUUCGGGGAGUCUUUGCUCAAUGACGCUGUGACCGUCGUUUUGUACCAUCUGUUCGAAUCCUACACCGACAUGGGCCUCGAAAAUAUAUUGUAUAUAGAUGUGGUGUCAGGAUUCUUGAACUUCUGGGUGGUGGCCGUUGGUGGUACUAUUAUCGGAGUGAUUUGGGGCCUCGGAACUGCUUUGGUGACCAAGUAUACGAAUGAGGUGCGCGUCAUUGAACCCAUUUCCAUAUUUGUGAUGGCCUAUUUAGCUUACCUCAACGCAGAGAUCUUCCACAUGUCAGGUAUUUUGGCGAUAACUUUCUGUGGGAUUACUAUGAAGAACUAUGUAGAGGCCAACAUAUCCAACAAAUCCCAUACAACCAUUAAGUACGCCAUGAAAAUGCUUAGCAGUUCAUCGGAAACAAUAAUCUUUAUGUUUCUGGGUGUAGCUACCGUGAACAAUAACUACGACUGGAAUACAUGGUUUGUUCUGCUCACGAUUAUAUUCUGCUCAUUUUAUAGAGUUGUAGGUGUUAUAAUAUUCACAGCAAUAGCCAAUCGUUUUCGACUUCACCAGCUGAGUACGGUCGAAAAAUUCGUCAUGUCUUACGGAGGUCUCAGAGGAGCCGUAGCAUUUGCGCUUGUUCUGCUGAUAGAUCCCAAAGUCGUAAAACUUCAGCCCAUGUUCGUGACGACAACAAUAGUUGUGGUGUACUUCACGGUCUUCGUUCAAGGAAUAUCCAUAAAGCCCUUGGUGAAAUUUCUCAAUGUGAAAACUGCCGAGAAGAGAAAACCGACGAUGAACGAAAGGAUACAUGAAAGGAUUCAAACGAUUCGAUAACGCUUUUAUUCGCCCCUACCUCGUUAGGAAUCAUCAGGGAGCGGAACAAAAGAUCCUUGAAACCUACUCGAAGCUAGCUAUGCGAGACGCCAUGGAAUACAUGCGCAGAAAUGCAUCAACCAUUGGUAACAUUUCCGGAACGGAGAGCAUGUCCGCCAUAUUCAAAAAUUACACUGGAGGAAAUCUUAACGGCAGUACCAGUUUCAGUCAAUUGGAUUCCAGUACAUGGAAUAUCGACAUGCAGGAACUAGAAUAUAACCCUUCUAAAAAAGAUCUCACUGAUGCAAAAAUCCAUCAUUUGUUGGCUGAGGAGUUGGUGAAACCUUAUAGAAGGCAUCGCAAACUAAGUUACAGUCGACAUGCAGUUAACGACCGUGAUCUAUCGACUCAAGUCAAUUACAGGAUGCAUUUUAAUAUGAGAAGAUUGGUCGCAGACAAAAAACAUCAUCACAAGAGGCACAGCAAAAAAUUCAGUAAGGAUGGAAAACAAAACCACGUUAGCUUUCCGGAGUUCCAGCAAAAUGGCAGUGCUAAACAGUUCUGUACUGGUGGUUUAGAGAAUCCCCGUUCUUCUGUGAUCGGUCUCUUCAGAAGAGAAAGUAUCAGCUCCGAACCGUCUUGUAGCACUGAGUCGACCCCACAAAAGGAGAGAAGAGGUUCCGCCGGAAGAAAUGCAGUAAUUUUCAUAGAAGAUAGUCAUACAGAUAGCGAUCCUCUAGGCGUACUUCAUAAACAAAUGUCAGUGCCACCGUUACCACAACCACCUCAGACUCCAGGGCAAAGACGACAAACCCGACGCGGUUCUAUGCUCGAGCUGAGUACUGGAUCAAUCACUAGAGACAUCAUACCAGAAGAAGUUUUCGCAACUUCAUCAUUGAGAAGACCGUCUUGGUUCGCCCAUGCUACCUCACGGCGACCUAGUCUCUCACGUCAACAGUCUCUAGGUGAGGCCUUGAUAGGGAAUGCUUCUUCACCAUCUCCAACACCAUCAGAUUGCUCCGAGGAGGAUGAAGACGUGGAAUGUCUCAUGAAAGCCGGUUUCUGAUAUAAACACACGCCUUUCGAAAAGCUUUCGUCUAUACCGAUUCACAAAAACAGCGUCAAUAGUCUUCUACAAAUGAGAUACUCAAAUCUUCUGAAGAAACUGAAGCAUAAACACGAAGGAUGAAGAAAAAUCGCUUCCACAGUUAAUGAGUAGAAGAAAGAAACGGCCUUUCUUCAUUUCCACAGAGAAAUAUCUGUUGACGUGAAUGAACUGGAAAGGUGCUUAGCAAAUUUGAUAGAUCGCCAGCCUGUGCUAAAUUUUUUGGGGUGCUGUGAUACCUCUCAAAAAUAUAUUAUUUUUAUAGUCAGAAGUAGAAAAUGAGAAUGAGUUUCAACCAAGUAAAAAUAAUAAUUUGACGAAAGUUCUUGUGAGUGUUUUAUAAAUUUAGAUAAUAAUUAGGACUGGGAUUUUUCCUAACCAAACGACAUACGCAAAAAGUGAGUUAUAUAUGCAAAGGUGAUUAAUUCAUAUACGGCUUUCGUUAACUGAAUUUUUCAUAUCGAUACGAGUCAUUUUGUCAUACGGUAAGAAUUCGUGGGUUCAUUUAUUCUUGUACGGUUGAUCUAUCUUACCUUCCCGCUCCAUAAGUCAA